AUGGUAUCUUCACGCCAGCGUGAGCUUCGACCAGAAGACUCGUGGCGCUUUGUUGAAGGCGAGAACGACAGUUUCGAUACGAGUAUCCUUCCAUCUCUUGGAGAAUCAUCACCGCCCACCUCCUCUGGAAACUUCCCUUCCCAGCCCUUCUCCCAGGGCAACAUCAGUUUCGCUUCGCAGGACAGCAUUCGCGACUUUGGCGCCGACGCCGACGACGAGCAAGUCAUCCUUCGAGAACCUUUCCGACCAAGUCUUUCCCGUGCCAGUGUUAGCGCAAACGGAGAACGAGUCUUUCGAACGCCUGAUCCGGAGUUCCACAUGCCCCGCUUAGAUGCCUCAGAGGGAAGUAGCAGGAGUGAGCGCACGAUAAGGGGUUUGGGAAUAGGAUAUGGUGGUGAUGAAGGCGUAAGGAGGAGGGGAAACCCGUCGGUAUCGACUUCAUCACAGCAGCAAAGAAUGGCGCGGGAGAGGUACGAUGCCGAAAAUGAGUAUUAUCGCCGGCAACGUCGCGAUGAGGCGCCUCCAACGGUUGGCAGACAACUUGCACAAAAUAUUCCUACGGCGAUUUACAAUACGCUCGGCUGGUUUCUCAACGUCAUCGGUCUUGCGUUUCGCUAUGCGCAGAAACCCUUCGCAAUUCUCUUGUCAAUUUAUCUCUGCUUUGGUGGUCUUAUCAUUGCACAGAACAUGGCAACUCGCUCAAUCGCCGCAUCUCUCUCACCCAUAUGCCGUAUCCCAGGCGCAUCUAUCCUCAAUCUCCCGUUUUGCCCAUCUCUAGACGCCAUCGUACCAACGGGUGGCGAUGUUGAGUUCGAUGAUCUCAUGAGCGUGCAAUCCAAGUUCGAACAAGUCCUCGAGAAAAGUUCGGAUGGAGUCUCUUUGCCCUUUGAGAUGAAACGCUCGGAAACGGCUAUCCGCGAUCUCCGAAGCCUGGUGCGACACAGUGAUCUGCAGGCUCGUGAUGAACUUCUCUUUGAGUUUGACGGCUAUGUGGACACAGCGCGGCAAACAGCUGCCGAUUUGCAAAAGUUCAACACCCAUGUCGGUUCGGCCGUCGACGCUGUCAUAAGCAUUAAUCGCUGGACGUCUCGCUAUCUCGAUACUCUGGCCCCCGAAGCAGAUGACGCGCACUCACUAUCAUCGCCAUCUCCUAUCCUGGGCUGGGCAUCGUGGCUCUUUCACCCUUUCCAACCAACUACUGAACAUAUAUUCAACGAGCGGGUUCUUCUUGACAAGUAUAUCGAGCACACAGCUCUAGUUUCGGAUCGCAUCUCAACCCUCAUACUCGAGGCGCAAGCUGUUCUACGUCUGCUCACCAAAGCCGAGGACCACCUUAUGCUUAUCUAUGAUAUCAGCUCGCGUUCUUCCGCUGAUACAGCAUCUCGUCGCGAGAACGUUCUCUGGAACAUCUGGACGCUUGUCGGAGCAAACUCGAACCAGCUCAACAGUCUUUCACGUCAGCUCGCUCUCUUGCGCCAGGUUGACGCACAGCGCUCGUCAGCAGUUGCACAGGUCAACGCGCUCAUUCUUGAGUUAGAGAGUAUCCAAGCUGGUCUUGGAGACCUUCGUGACCGAGUGGCCGAGCCCGAAGUGCUGCGCAAUAGUAUUGGUGGGGGUCCUCCGAUCCCGCUCAGUGUUCAUAUCGAAACCAUCGACCGAGGAGUUGAGCGUCUUGAGGACGCGAGGAGCAGGAUCCGCGCUGCUGAAAACGAUCGUGUACGGGAUGCACUGGCCAGAGGAGGAGUGCGCAAUGAGCCUUUACUCGAGGGGCAAGGGAAGUGA